UAGUGCGGUGCGCGGCGCUGGUUGCGCUCCCUCGUUCCACUUGCAGCGACUCUCCGCCGGUGCGGAGCAGCCCCCGCGCUCCCCCUCCUCGGCCCGACUCUACGCAGACAUGGCCAGCGGGGGACUGCAGCUCCUGGGCUUCGUGCUGGCCUUCCUGGGCUGGAUCGGCAUCAUCAUCAGCACCGCCAUGCCACAGUGGAAGAUGGCAUCCUACGCGGGGGACAACAUCGUCACGGCUCAGGCGCUCUAUGAGGGGCUGUGGAUGUCGUGCGCCAUGCAGAGCACGGGGCAGAUCCAGUGCAAGGUGUACGACUCGCUGCUCAAGCUGGAGAGCAGUCUACAGGCCACUCGGGCUUUGAUGGUGGCUGCUAUACUCCUGGGCCUUGUUGCUGUAUUUGUUGCUGUGACUGGCAUGAAAUGUAUGAAGUGCAUGGAAGAUGAUCAGGUGAAGAAGAUGCGGAUGGCUGUCUUUGGUGGGGUGAUCUUCAUCAUUGCAGGUUUGGCAGCGCUGGUGGCCACGUCGUGGUAUGGCAACAGAGUGGCUCGGGCCUUUUAUGACCCUUUCACCCCUGUCAACACCAGAUUUGAGUUUGGAUCAGCGCUCUUCAUUGGCUGGGCAGCUGCUUCUCUGGCCAUGCUGGGGGGAGCCUUCCUCUGCUGCUCCUGUCCGCGGAGAGAAACUUCAUAUCCACCCACCCGAGGCUAUCCAAAAAACGCCCCCUCCACAGGGAAGGAUUAUGUAUAAUGAAACAAAGAACAACCGCCAGCGCUGGUAGUGAAAGCAUUUUGGAGAGGACGCUGCAAUGCCACUGUCCUGAGCAGAGUUCAGACUCUAGGUUCUGCCUUCCUCUUCUCCCAAAAAUGUGUAUAUUUUUGUAAUCCUCUUUGCUACUGGACAUAACUUCUCUUUUUUUCUCCCAGCCCGUGGAGGAAGGCUAGCCUGGGUUGAUAGGUGUUGCCACUGGAAAGAUGAAACCUCCAAGCUUGGGUUAAGUUUAGUAUUUGGGAGUCAAAGGGAAAAUGAUACUGUUUUUUUAGAUGGAUGUUGGUGCUUUUUUUAGUUGUUUUUUAAAAAAAAAAUAGAUGGCAACAAUGCAGUCCCAUAUCCCAUUAAGUUAGAGCCCAGUGUGGUGUGUGUAGGAAUUAAAGGAACAUAUAUUAUACACAAAGUGAUGAAACCAAUAGCUUAAGGGGAAACAUAAUUUUAGGGAAAAGACUUUACAUGUAGGAAUGUUUGAAGAGAUCUAAAAUGUUCUCGUACUGUCUUACUGGCGUCGUCAUCUUGAGCAGUCUCCUUUCUGUGCAGAUUGGCGUGGCAAAGGGUCAGACACAAUGAAAUUGCUGUGACUUAAACUGAAAUCUGUAACUGUCCGUGCACAUGCUGCUGGGCCAACAGAAGAUGCAGUGUAAGGUGGCUUGGCUUAACUGUCAUUGCUCUUUUGACAAGAUCUUGUAAGUUGACUGUGUCUGAGACAAAGGCUGAAAAAUUGUGGGUACAGAGGUUAGCAACUCCCAAAGCAGCUGCAGGUUUCCCUGGUACUGAGGGAAGAGCUAAAGAAAAACAGUCACCUUCUGUUUUCACUGGGUGUCUCCAGUGGGGCUGUUGCGGCUGUUCCUUAGACACUGAGUGCUGCCAGGGAUUGUUUCUCCACGUUCCCACCCCAUGUUCCUAGUACCUAACUGAGCUUGAAGCUUUAUCCCAUUGUGUGUUACCGGCCACUUACAACAAACCCCUAUCUCCUUGAGUCUUUCUCAUUUCGGCUUAGUUACUGAUCUGUUUGCCUUGCACAGCUAAAUGCUGCAAACCAAAUUGAAUGCACUGCCGCUCCCUGAUGUUUCCCCAAGGAUACCUCACAUGCUGCCAUUUGAUCCUGUCUUUCUUCUUGUAAACACUUUCAGUGAUGAUAUGAAGGCAAAUUCCAAGGAAACUGACCCAAAGGUUAUGGCAUUUUCUUUUAAUCCAAGCUCACUAAAGAGGAAGAAACUAGCAUUUUAAAGAUAAAGCCAUCCUUGCAUAUUAAGUUGUAUCUAAAAAAAAAAUGCAGCUCAAAAGUUCCCACCCCUUCCUCUGAAACACCCAGUCACUUGGUGUUUGGCUAACACUGGCUGAGGCUGUCUCAUAAUUCCUAGAAGGAUGGUACCAGUUCUCCAAAGCUAAACCUUGCUUUUUCUACUGAAGGGAACUGGUUGCUUCUGACCAGGCUUUAUAACUGUGUAUGUGUUCAGAGGCAUCAGAUGUCUUGAUUUCCUUCUGUAGACAGGGAGAACCUCUGGGGCUGAGCAAUGUAAAACCAUGGCGGUGGUGGUUUGUAUAAGCCUUGUACCUCUGUUUGACCUGACUCUCUGCAACAUAAAUCAAAGUUACUAAAAGAAACCAACCAGAGCAUUUGCUUCGGGCUUGAGUUGAUGUUGGCCUGUACUUGCAGCUGGGUCAUGUGGGUUCCACUUCUCCAUGGAGAAUUGCCCAUGCACAGCAGCUGACUUGUGAGACCUCAUCUUAGGAGGUGGCAGCUCAGGUCACAUUGAAGAGCUACUGAAGUCUGUGCUUUUGUAUUUACAUUAACCCUGAGCCAGGGAGCAGAUGCUUUUAUUGGGAACUUGUAUAAAGUGUUUAAACAAUUUCAAUAAAUGGACUUUUUUAAAGAAAA